CCACUAUCCCUUCAAUCGUUCGCUUUUUUUUUUUUUCCCUCUUUCUCUCCCCAUUUCAAGUCACUCGUUCAAUCUUAUUGACCUCUUCUCGCCUGCUUUCGAUAGCCGCCAAUUCUUCCAAGCUCUACCCUCCCAUCAACUAUAUCAUACUGUUUUUACACAGCAGGUCUCCAUUCGUUCCCGAGACUCACCCACCAUCCGCCUUGUUUUCUCCCAUCAAAGCACCUCAACUCACAUAAUCCAUCAACAUGAAGGGCUACGCUAUCGCGACAGCCAUCACUUUGGGCGCCUCCACCGCUUUGGCUGCUCCGAACCUCAAGGCCCGUGACGACGUGACUCCUAUCACCGUCAAGGGUAAUGCCUUCUUCAAGGGUGACGACCGUUUCUACAUCCGUGGUGUCGACUACCAACCCGGUGGCUCGUCCAAGCUGGCCGAUCCCAUUGCCGAUGCCGAAGGCUGCAAGCGCGACAUCGCCAAGUUCACCGAGCUCGGCUUGAACACUAUCCGUGUUUACUCCGUCGACAACUCCGCGGAUCACGACGAGUGCAUGAACGCUCUGGCAGAUGCUGGCAUCUACCUGGUUCUCGACGUCAACACCCCCAAGUACUCUCUCAACCGUGCCGACCCGAAGCCCUCCUACAACGAUGUCUAUCUCCAGUACAUCUUCGCCACGGUCGACAAGUUCGCCAAUUACAAGAACACCCUCGCCUUCUUCUCUGGAAACGAGGUCAUCAACGACGGUCCCUCGUCGAGUGCUGCUCCCUAUGUCAAGGCCGUCACGCGUGAUCUUCGCCAGUACAUCCGCAGCCGCAAGUACCGUGAGAUCCCUGUCGGAUACUCUGCUGCCGAUAUCGACACGAACCGUCUCCAGAUGGCCCAGUACAUGAACUGCGGUAGCGACGAUGAGCGCAGCGACUUCUUCGCCUUCAACGACUACUCUUGGUGCGACCCGUCUUCCUUCACCACCUCCGGCUGGGACCAGAAGGUCAAGAACUUCACUGGAUACGGUCUUCCUCUCUUCCUGUCCGAGUACGGCUGCAACACCAACACCCGCAAGUUCGAAGAGGUCAGCUCCCUGUACAGCACCGACAUGACCGGCGUCUACUCCGGUGGUCUCGUCUACGAGUACUCGGAGGAGCCCAGCAACUACGGUCUCGUCCAGAUCAAGGACGGCAAGGUCAGCACCUUGGAUGACUACGAUGCUCUCAAGUCUGCUCUGGCCAAGACCAAGAGCCCCACUGGCGACGGUGGCUACAACAAGACUGGAGGCGCCAACCCGUGCCCUGCGAAGGAUUCUCCCAACUGGGAUGUUGAGAACGACUCUCUUCCUGCCAUUCCCGAGCCCGCUAAGAAGUACAUGACCGAGGGUGCCGGCAAGGGUGUUGGAUUCUCGGGCUCUGGUAGCAUGAACGCUGGAACUGCUUCUACCAGCACCGCCACGCCUGGAUCUGGCUCUGCCUCCUCGAGCAGUGGCUCUAGCUCUUCCGGCAGCGGGACUUCGACCAGCUCUCCAGGUGCUGCUGCUGGCCUGCACGUGCCCCACCUGACCAUGACCCCUGUUCUUGUGGGCCUGGUCACUGUCAUGUCAACCUUGUUCGGAGCUGGCAUGGUUCUUGUUUAAAUAGUUCAUCUACCAGUGCAUGUUUGCUCAUGCUUGUCAAUUCUCACCGAAAACCCUUUUCUUCUUCCGACGGACCUUUUCCUCUUUUUUUUUUCUUCUUGUUUUUUUGUCUUCUUUAAAGUCAAUAUGCAGCCAGAUUGGUCGAAGC